CACAUAAUCCGCAGCAUUUCUUGCACUCCAUUCUACUACUGAGCGGCCAGCAGAAAUGGCAAUUGAACUGGACCUGCAGGAAACGAUGAGCCUUACGGACAAGCACCUGCUCAUCGCCGGUGCCGUGCUGCUGGUCACCACCAUCUCCAUGCUCAAGCUCCUCGUGUGGUCCGGCUCCAGAGUCCGUAGCCGCAGGCGACUGCCGCCGACCAUCCCUGCCAUGCCUAUCAUCGGGGGACUGAUACGGUUCAUGCGCGGCCCCAUCACAAUGAUCCGGGAGGAGUACGCGCGCCUCGGCAGCGUCUUCACCCUUAGCACCCUCGGCCACAGGAUCACCUUCCUGAUCGGCCCCGAGGUGUCGGAGCACCUCUUCAAUGGCCCCGAGUCUGAGAUGAGCCAGCAGGAGGUGUACCGUUUCACGGUCGCGGCGUUUGGCCGAGGGGUUGCGUUUGAUGUGCCCUACUCUGUGAGGCAGGAGCAGAUCCGGAUCUUUGCCGAGGGGCUCCGUGGCAACAAGCUCCGCGGCUAUGUAAACCUCAUGGUUUGUGAGGCCGAGGAGUACUUCUCAAAGUGGGGUGAGAGCGGCACGGUUGAUCUGAAGCAUGAGCUGGAGCAGGUGAUCCUACUGAUCACCUGCCGAUGCUUGCUGGGGAGGGAGGUGCGUCAGAAUCUCUCCGACGACGUUGCCGCCCUCUUCCACGACCUGUGCAACGGGAUGCAGCCCGUGAGCGUCAUCUUUCCUUACCUCCCGAUCCCCGCGCACCGGCGGCGCGACCGGGCGCGCCAACGGCUGAGAGAGAUGUUCGCCACCAUCAUCAGGGCACGGAAGGCAUCCGGGCGGUCCGAAGAAGAUAUGCUGCAGUGCUUGAUCGACUACAGGUACAAGGACGGGCGCGCCACCACGGAGGACGAGAUCGCCGGGCUACUCAUCACAGUGCUCUUCGGCGGGCAGCAGACCAGCUCCAUCACCUCCACCUGGACUGGGGCCUACCUGCUCCAGUUCCGGCGCUACCUGGCAGCAGCCGUGGAGGAGCAGGAGGAGGCCAUCAGGCGUUGCGGAGAUAGGAUCGACCAUGACGUCUUGGCGGAGAUGGACGUCCUGCACCGGUGCAUCAAGGAGGCUCUCCGUCUCCAGCCGCCGCUGCCCAUAGUGUUCCGCUGGUCGCACUCCGACUUCGCCGUGACGACGAGGGAAGGCGAGGAGCUUGUCGUCCCCAAGGGCCAGAUGGUGGCGGCGUCGCCGGCCGUCGCCAACAGGCUCCCCCACGUCUACAAGGACCCAGAAUUGUACGACCCAGACCGGUUCGCGCCUGGAAGGAGGGAGGACAAGGCGGCAGGUGCCCUGUCGUACAUCUCCUUCGGUGGAGGCAAGCACUGGUGCCUCGGCGAGUUCUUCGCCUACCUGGAGAUCAAGACGGUGUGGGCGCACCUGCUCAGGAACUUCGAGCUGGAACUGAUGUCUCCGUUCCCGGAGAACGAGUGGAACUCCAUGGUCGUCGGCGUCAAGGGCAAGCUGAUGGUAAAGUACACGAGGCGUCAACUCGUUGUCGAUGGCAACUAAUAUGGCCGGCCCAUAUGUAUCUCUGCUGCUUAAAGGCCGUCUCCAGCAGCUACCAUAUCCUAUCAUUUAUCUCGUCCACUAUUUUAAAAGUAAGUUUAAUCUACAAUGUAAAUUUUCUAUUUUAUAUGAUUUGUUGCUUACGGCCUAAGGCUCCAACAACAUUUGUCUGGUAUUGUAACACCAUAAACAUCUCAAUUGUGAAGAUUUAGAAGGAUUCUCCCAAGAUUUAAUAAAAAUGCUUUCUAAUAAA